AUGAACCAAGUAAAUAAUUUGAAUAAAUUAAUUAAAAACACAGAGAAAGAAAGUACUAAAGAGACUGGAGAGAGUAUUAAAGAGUAUUACCUUAAUUUAAUAACAAUUGAAAAUUUAAAAGAUGAGUUAAUGAAUAAAGAAAUAGAAGAUGAGAUUAUUAAAUGGUUAGCAGAAAAUGAUAUUGAAUUAGCCAUUGAAAUUGGUAUAAAUCCUAUUCAAUUAAUAAGAGAAAAUAUUUCAAAGAAAUAUAUAAGUAAAUUAUUAUCACACAAUUCAUUAUUUAAAACGAUAGAAGAAGGAAGUAAUGAGAAAGGUAUUUCUAAAUUAAAAGGAGAGUUAAAAGAAGUUUGUUUUGAUAAGGUAAUAGCUCCAGUAUUUGAAAAUAAAUAUUAUUCUAUUUCUAUUCUUCUUCAAGCAUGGAAAAAAAGAUAUUUACUAAAACAAUCAUUUCCAGAGAUAUUUACUUGUUUUGAUAUGAAAGAAGUGUAUGAACAUGAAUCAUUAAGAAAUAAUAAAAUAUAUAAAGACUUAUUUUCAUGUGUUAAACAUCAUUCAUUUAAUGAGUCUAUCAUUAAACAAGUUGAAAUAAGUUUAAAUAAUUCUUAUGAAUUAGCUAGAUUUAGGGCUUUUGAUGGAUUUAUUACAGUGAUUGAAUUAAUGAAACAACACAAAGAAAUGAUUGGACGGUUUUGUUGUAUUUUUCAACGAUGUUUUUUAGAUUAUCAUUUUUUAAUGUUCUUUAUUGAUAAUAAUGGACUUUCAUUGUUAAAAGAUUCAAUCGAAUUAGAAGAAGUUAGAAAAAUUAUUUAUAUAAUAAAUUUAUUACCAAGUACAUGUUAUUAUCUUGAUAAAAGUGGAAUUAAUGAUUUAAUUUUAGAAUAUGCUUAUCAAAAUAAAGAUAAAUGGAGUUUAAAUUGUUGUAAAGAAAUUGCAUUGCAUGGAGAAAGAAGAGAAAAAUUAUAUUUAUUUGGAAAUGAGUUGAUUCAAGAAAAGAAUAAAAAUGGAAUUGAUAUAAUAAAGAAUUGGUAUUGGAGAGAAGAAAGUAUUAAUGAAAUUAAUAAAAUUAAAUUCACAAAUAAGAAAGAUGGGAUUAAAUUUAUAAAAGAUAUAAUAAGUAAAGAUGGUAAUGAAAAUGAUUUAACUUUUAUUCAAAGGUAUCAUUCUAUAAUGAAUUGUGUUCUUUCUGAUGAUAUUAUUCAACCAUCUAAAAAUGAAUUUACUUUAUUCUUUUUAGAUAAUUAUCCAAUUAAUACUCUUGUACAUUCAAAAUAUUAUUCAUAUGCCAAUGACUUUAUUAAUUUUAUAAUGUCCAUAAUUCAUUCAGAAUUUAAAGAAAAUAUAAUAACACUUUUAUCUUAUUUUAUCAAUACAAAAUAUCAGUCAUUACUUCCAAAAUAUUUGUAUCAAAAUAUCAUUGAUUUAUUAGAUAAAGGAUUUAUUCCUUCUGCUAUUAUUAUUAAGUAUUAUAUUGAUAAUAAAUUAAUUGAUGAAAAUCAUAAAGAACUUGUUCAAAAAGCCAUUCUUAAUGGAAUAAAAAAUAAUAUUUCAGUUGAAUUUAUUCAAUGCAUAGAUGUUAAACAACCAUUACCAAUUAUUAAUACAAUUAAUCUUUCAGAAGAAGUUAUAAAAGCUAUUCUUGAUCAUUCAGAGAAGUAUGGUAAAUGGGAAUUAAGUGAAAUGUAUUUACAACAAAGCGUGUGUGAGUUUAAAAAUGGUAAACGAGACCCGUUAUUAAUUCAUCUUUUAAGUGUAGCAAGAAAAUUAGGAAUGAAACUUGAGAUUGAAAAAGAUAUUUUAAUGUCAUUAGAACCAACAGAACAAAAUACAAUUGACCUUAUUAAUUAUUUUAGUACAUUAAAUGAAUAUGAUAAAUCAGCAAAAGAAGCAGAAGACUGUUAUACUUCUAAGUAUUUUGAACAAAAUAGAUUUGAUAGUUUUGAUGAUAUUCAAAUUCCUCUUGUUGCUAUUAUUCCUAUUGGUCCUUCAAGUGAUGAAUUCUUUUAUCCAAUAGCAGAGAAGAUGGAAGCAUUAGGAACUGAGUUUUUAUUUGAUCUUGGGAAUACACCAUUUAGAUUUAUGAAAUUGAGUAAACGGAUGUUUAAUAAUAAGAAUAUUAGUUUUCUUCGAUUCUUUUCAAUUGUUGGUAUUCUUAAUUGUGAAAAUUUAAAAGAUUAUGAAAUUAAGAAACAUAUUAAUUCUCUUCAAUCAACUGUUGAUGCUAAUUGGGAAAAUGUAUACUCUAUUCAAUUUCUUUUAAUAAAUUAUCCAUCAGAUUUACCUAAUGUUAAUACGUUUAUUAAAACAGAAGAUAAUAAAAUACAUGUCAUUAAUAAUUGUCCUAUUGUAAAAAAUAUUAUUAAUUCAGUUAUGUUACAAUUAGGAGAAAUGAAAACUAUUUAUCCUGCAUUAGCUCCUGAUAAAUAUAUUCUACCAAAAAAAACUACAACUACUUCUUUCUUAUUAAAUGCAGGUGAAGUUCAUCUUUAUCUUAAACACUUUGAUAUUUCAUUUAAGUUCUUUAAAGAUGCAUUAAAAAUGGCAAAAACUUCUAACGAUUCAUUUAGUUUAAUGAUUGCUUGUAUUGGAAUGUGUUCUUGUUUAAUAACUGAAAAAAAACCAUUUGAAGAUGUAAUAAAUGAAACUUUAGAAAUACUUAAUAAAAAAGGAGAAAAACGAUGUUGUAAACGAAUUAAAUUAUUACUUGCUCAGUAUUAUAUUGAUAUACAAAAUAACGAACAAGCAAAGAAAAUUAUUGAAGAUAUUAAUAAAAUGUAUGAUGGAAAUGAAAUUAGUGGAGAUAUUUUUGAUUGUUAUGUUGCUCUUCAACAAGCUAAUAUACUUAAUCAAUUAGGAAUGAUUCAACAUCAAAAAUAUAUUCUUCAAAGAGUAAGUUGUUUAAGUAAAGAAUUAAGUUUUGCUAAUUUUGCUAUAAAUGAAUUAGCAAGAUUAUUAAAUAUAUAUUUUAUGAAUGACAUUGAUGAAAAAGAAGAUUUAUCUUCUUUACAUGAUCAAACAAUAACAAAAGUUCAAUGGGAAUCAAUACAAUCUUAUGUAUUAUUUAGAAGUAUUUCAUUAAGAAAUAAAUAUGAUCUAAAAUGUGCUCAAAUCAUUUUAAGGCUUUUAACAAAAUAUAUUUCUUAUAUUAAAAAGGAUGAUCAACACGUUCUAUUAAAUCGUCUUAAAAUUAUUACAAAAAUAAAUGGUGAAAUGUUAACAAUUCCUUCUUCUGCUGAACCACUCCCAUUAUUAUUAUCAACUUCUAUAAUACCAUCUUCUCCAAUAAUUCAAACACAGUCUGACACUCUUGAUAGUCCAUGGAUUGUUGAUCCAACGGCAGAUAAAAAAGCAUCAGAAAAAGUAUAUCUAGUAGAAAAUGAAGAAACUGAACUUAAAAUAGCAUUUAAAAAUAAAUUGUCAAUUCCUGUGAAAGUUAAUUGUUUGUAUCCUGAAUCUACUGGUGUUAAAUUAAAAACAUUCCCUGUUUCAAUUGAAAUCCCUGAAUUAUCUACAAUAGUUUCAACUAUCAAAUUUAUCCCAUUACAUCAUGGAUUAUUAACUAUUGACAAACUUAAUUAUAGCUGUUGUUCCCUCCAUUUUAAUAUUCCAAUUAAUAUAACUGUUUGCGUUAUUCCCCCAUUACCAUUACUUAAACCUCUUUCAUUUCCUCUUUCUAUAACAGUAUUUCCUGGAGAAACUAAAACAAUACCAAUUUCUUUACUCAAUGAAGGGAAUACAGUAGUAGGUAAAGCUUUUGUUAAAGUUAAAGGUGAAGGAAUUUAUCUUCUUGAUUGUUUUGAAAAACAACUUCCAUUAGAACCUUCACAACUUGCUCAAAUAAAAGUAGGUAUUAAUACAACAAAUUCACUUCAAUCAACAAUUCAAGUCCAAUAUAAUACUUGUGAAAAAGAUUGUUUUGCUCGUUUAGUUGAAAUACCAAUUAAUGUAUUUGUUUCAACUGGACUAAAGGCAGAGUCAUGGGAAGUUCGUUCUGGAGAAAAUGAAAUUCAAAUUAGUUGUAUUUUACAUAACCCUUCAUAUAACACAUUUGUUGUUAUAAUGGAAACUUUUCAUAUGAACCAUAAACAUAAAAAAACUACUACUAUCUUUUCAGAAGCUCAAUCAAGACAUAAACUUGUUACUUAUAUCGAUAAACCUGAUGAAUUUAAUGAAGCAAUAAUAAAAGACAUUAUUAAUCGUGAAGUUAUUAUUAAAUGGCAAGAAGCUGGAGGAAGAAGUGGUCUUAUUUUAUUUGAUGAGAAAUCAUUAUUAAAGUUAUAG